AUGGAGUUCGCCGAGCUGAUCCCAACACCGCGCGUGGACGGCGUGGCGCUGCACCGGCCCUCGCACGCGGCCGUCGAGGGCACACUGUGCCUCACGGGCCACCACCUGAUCCUGUCCUCGCGGCGGGGCGGCGCGGAGGAGCUGUGGCUGCUGCACGCCAACGUGGAUGCCAUCGACAGGCGACGCCGAGACCCUGGCCGCAUUCUCAAGCAGGGCUCUCCCGGGACCCCUCGGCCGCUGGUCCGUGCUCAGUGUGACCAGUACAACUGCUGGCUCCUUCACGGGGGCUUCUGCUUAAGUGCCUUUAUGUCCCAGACGUUUUGUGAAGUGCUGAGAACACUGAGACGGGCGUUGUCUACCCUGGACUCCAUCACUCUGAUGUACCCUUUCUUUUACCGGCCGAUGUUUGAAGUGGUGGAGGACGGCUGGCAUUCCUUCCUUCCUGAGCAAGAGUUCGAGCACUAUUCUUCAGCCACCAGUGAAUGGAGGCUGAGCUAUGUCAAUAAGGAAUUUGCUGUCUGUCCCUCUUACCCACCAAUUGUCACAGUACCCAAAUCCAUUGAUGAUGAAGCUCUUCGGAAGGUAGCUGCAUUUCGACACGGAGGGCGCUUCCCAGUACUAAGCUAUUAUCACAAAAAAAAUGGAAUGGUCAUUAUGCGAAGUGGUCAGCCACUUACUGGCACUAAUGGGAGGAGGUGCAAGGAAGAUGAGAAGCUGAUAAAUGCCACCCUCAGGGCAGGAAAGCGGGGCUACAUCAUUGACACCCGGUCUCUAAAUGUGGCUCAGCAAGCCAGAGCCAAAGGAGGAGGCUUUGAACAAGAAGCUCAUUAUCCCCAGUGGAGGCGAAUCCAUAAAUCCAUUGAGAGGUACCACAUUCUUCAGGAAAGCUUAAUCAAACUUGUGGAAGCUUGUAAUGACCAGACACAUAACAUGGACCGAUGGCUCAGUAAAUUGGAGGCCUCCAACUGGCUGACUCACAUCAAAGAGAUUCUGACCACUGCCUGCCUCGUGGCUCAGUGUAUUGACAGGGAGGGAGCGUCAGUACUGAUUCAUGGAACAGAAGGAACUGAUUCCACGCUGCAGGUGACCUCCCUGGCCCAGAUCAUCUUGGAACCAAGAAGCAGGACUGUCCGUGGUUUUGAGGCCCUCCUAGAAAGAGAGUGGCUACAGGCUGGCCACCCGUUCCAGCAGCGCUGCGCACAGUCAGCCUACUGUAGCAGUAAACAGAAGUGGGAGGCACCUGUCUUUCUCCUCUUCUUGGACUGCGUGUGGCAGAUACUUCGCCAGUUCCCCUGUUCUUUUGAAUUUAACGAGAGCUUCCUCAUCAUGCUCUUUGAGCAUGCUUAUGCCUCACAGUUUGGGACAUUUCUUGGCAACAGUGAAAGUGAAAGGUGUAAGUUGAAGCUACAGCAGAAAACGAUGUCUCUGUGGUCCUGGGUUAAUCGGCCCAGCGAGCUGAGUAAAUUUACUAAUCCUCUCUUCGAAGCCAACAACCUUGUCAUCUGGCCUUCAGUUGCUCCACAGAGUCUUCAGCUAUGGGAAGGUGUCUUUCUACGUUGGAACAGGUCCUCUAAGUAUUUGGAUGAAGCAUAUGAAGAAAUGGUUAACAUCAUUGAAUAUAACAAAGAAUUACAAGCCAAAGUAAAUAUCCUCAGGAGGCAGUUGGCAGAACUGGAAACAGAUGAUGGGAUGCAGGAGAGUCCCUGAAAGACCUCCACUCCCCCUUUGUACAUACCCUGCCUGAACUGCACCCCGCCUCUCUCUUCCUUUUGCCCUCCAGUUCACUUUGACACAGUAGCCUUGAACUUCAGGCUUUAGAGGUGGGACCCCACUAAUGUAAUGGACUUCUCAACUUUGUAUGAAUGAAACUUACUAUACUUACUCGUGUUCCGUGUGGCCUGUCCGGCCCCUCCACUAUGAGAGCAGGAAGGAGGUGCUAGUCAUUUUAUUUAUCUGUGUGAAGCAGAUGACCUACUUACUGCCAUUUGUGUUAUACACCAUUUCAUCGGAAGCUUUUCUCUGUCCACUUCCCAAGCAGUGCUCCAGACCAGUCAAGAAUACAAUUAGUCUCUUUAAGGAAUAUUCAGUGAUUUUAAAAAAAGGGUCAGGUUUUUAAACAUUCUGAGUAUAGAAAUGUUUUUCAAAACUGGAACGGUUAAUAAACCAAGAAUUUUGUGUUUAACAUGCCAUUUC